AUGCCUAACAUGCUGAGUGUGGUCCAUAGCGGAAGAUGCUUCUGCAAAGCGAUUAGGUAUCGGGUGACGGGCCUACCGAUUCUUAGCGCAUAUUGUCACUGCACACUGUGCCAAACGUUCAACGCGGCUGCUUUCAUCUGCACUAUCCACUUCCCAGCAUCGGCUUUUGCAUGGACCCAUGCUGAGCCCCAUGAUGAAGCCCUCGACUUCUUCGAUGUGCCCACGAAACCGUGGAAACGGCGUUGGCGUUGCAAGCAAUGUGGGGUGACAGUUGCUUCCUACAAUUCCAGGUCCAAUAAAUGGAGCGUUUGGGGCGGGCAACUAGACCGUGAUGCUGAAGGAAAGAUCAUCGGCUGGGACACGAUCAAGCCCACAGCACACAUAUUCUACGAGACACGCAUGAUCGACGUUCAAGAUGAGCUGGGAAAGUGGACUGGAUAUGAGGGACAGUCAGAAAGGCUCAGUGGGUGA